CUCAGGCCUUUCGAUUCUGUCCAAACUUACACAUUUUCUAAAAUUUCUUCGUCAGGUUAUUCCCAUGAGAGACUUAGAAAGAAAACAAGACAACAUAAAUAGAAAGAAAGAAAUAGAAAGAAACCAAGACCAAAAAUAAAAAUUUGGCAGAAGUCCUCGGUGCCAUGUAAGAAUUUAGGUACAUCGAGCGUGGGCUAUUCGGAAGGGCUUCUGUUGACAAACCCAACGCAACCCUCAUUUUUCCUGUUUCAUCGGGGACCUUGAGCAAGCGGUACCGGCAAAGAGAAAGCUGCUAAUCAAAGUUUUAAUUAGCGGUUUGGAAGCUCUGUGCAAGCGUUUUAUAUCUUUUACAUUUCUCGGUCGUCCUCUACAAAACUACAGUCGAACCUCUACUACCGGCCACCUCCCCACAACGGCCACUUCUCUACAGUGGCGAUAUGUGUUCGUUCCAGUCGAAUGAUUUGCUCUUAUUUUAACCUCGCAACGCUGGCCACCACCCCACAAUGACCAGUAAACUCUGUCCCUGGGGUGGCCGAUGUAGAAAGGUUUGACUGUCCUGAGAUUCUUCCAUGCGCGCGAGAUUAAGUCUUUGCGUACCUCUCAAGCUUUUCGUUCACCUCUCGCGCGCUCGUGAAGGAAACGACUGCUACGCAAGCUUAAAACCAGACUGCGAGCAGUCUCUCUCUUUUCCAGGCUCGCCUCAUUCCCUCCUCGUUUCUUUCUCUAAUUUGCGUAAUUUUAACUUGUCCAGUCGCGUGAAGGAUUUCGCGAACAAAAACCGACUUCUCUUAGGUAUAAGCUUCACGUAAGCGUCAAAUGAACAAAUUCUUCUCUUCCACAAAAGAGAAUCACGACAGCCAAUGCUCAGAAUUUUCCGCGUUUCAGUUUGGGAUUGAACGCUGUCUCUAUGUAUUUAUCUGAUAAUUCUGACAGCGUAAUAGCGCUGAUACCCUAGAGGGUAUAAAGUUUAUUGUACCACACGCCUCUGCGAUAAACACUCUACAAACACUUGGCGAUAUUGGGACCCGUUCGAGUAGGACCUCAUUUAUUUAUUGAUCAUUAACAUUGCAAGAAGACAAAGACACGGAAAAAACGUGCUUGUCACAUAACCUUGAAUACAUCAUGAAGCAGUCGUACGUUACACGAUGAUUCUCUUUCACAGUUUUUCUUAGGAGAGAGAAGUUAAGAUUUUGUUCAGGUGCUGUUAACAAGGAACUCCGCUAUAUUGACUGAAGGUAUCAGUUUAACUUACAAUAACGUUAUUUAUAAUCAUAAUCUGUUUGUGUGUAGUAAACAGUAAUCAAUUGCUUCAUUGUUAUUCAGUUUUGGCAUUCUAAAUCCACUGAACGGAAUUUCACUUGGAGAAUUAGGUCACCGCAAUAAGAAUUUAAUAUGAUAAAUUAAACUAACCUACUAUAUAUCGACUGGGAAUUUUCUACCUUAGCUCGGCCAACGGGAAAACUACUUUAAUUAAUGUUGAGACUUUCAAGUGCGUUGCAAUCAAGAAGACAGUUCCAAGUAUAUAUGUGUCUUUUGUCCGCAUUGGUUAAAUACUACAGGUCUAAUUUUGGAAAAGAAAGAACAGAGCGUCGUUUUAAGCGUACCGCAGAUCAUUCAGAGUACAAUUAACAAAGUACACCAGAACAUAAGUAGCACGCAUGAAAACUCGGUAAAGCCUGGUAUUUCCAUUUCAUUGCUUCUGUUUAAGUGAAAAAAGAACGAUUGCUAAAUAUAUCCAUUUAAGCAAAACCUUGGAUUGUUAACGGAAACCAAACACGCAGGCAGUUAUGAUAUUUCAUGUAGCUAGAGACAGAGGGCUGGGUUAAAUCUUGUAAAGGAAUUCGAAGUAAAUGAAGCAUUCUACGUAGAAAGUCAUUGAGGUGUAAACUAAUUAGUAACACAAGGAAAAUAUCGAAGUUGCAGAAUAAAUAACGCAUUUUGACUUCUGCAGGAGGCAAUAUCAACGGGGAAAUAAACGUGCGUAUCAGUAUCACUGGCUGAAGUGUAACAUGAUAGAUAGCAUUUCUGAUGCACUUCAACUUCACAAGAUUACAAUGAUAGAUCCUGAUGCACUUCAACUUAAAACAUACAUUAAGUGUUGACCUCAAUAAGAAUGCAUUUGGAGAUAAUUUAUUCAGCGCAAGGAGCUAGUGAAACAUGAAAUUUAGAGAUAAUAGAGCACUUGGAUCGUAUGGCGUUUUAAUUUUCUACAAUACUGAGCAGAGCUAUCCCGUAAAUCGAUAAUAAGACACCCAGAGAUUUAAAAGAUUUCCAAACUACAGGCUAACAUGGCGAGCAAUCCGGGCAAAGACGCAAAUGAAAGUGACGUCACAACAGCUGUUGAAGAACCAUUGGAUUUUGGUGACGAUCUUUUAAGAGCAAAAGCAGAGGUUUACAGAAAUCAAGGCAAUGAAGAAUACACGAAAAGAAAUUUUAAAAAUGCCGUUCACUUCUACACCGAAGGAAUUAAAGUGAACUGCAAGGAUAAAGAACUGAAGGCCAAGUUGCACAGUAACAGAGCCUUAGCACAUUUUUAUUUUGGAAACUAUCACGAAUCACUGAGUGAUUCAAAACGUGCCACAGAACUACAACCAGCUUAUCUCAAGGCGAUUGUGAGAGGAGCCAGCGCUUGUGUUGAGCUGAAGCAGUUUGAAGAAGCCAUCACAUGGUGUGAUAAGGGACUAGCACUUGACGAACAUAACAAAGUCUUGUUGGAAUUAAAGGCCACAUCUGUUAUCGGUAACAUAGAGUUACAACAGAAAGACGAAAAGGAAGUCAAGGAAGAGUUGGAAACCACAUCUGGGAAAGGAAAGGGUGAAGGCAACACUGAAAACGAGACUACAGUAACUGUUGAUAAAGCCCUGGAUUGCGAUGACGACUGCUUAAGAGAAAAAGCAGAAGCGUACAAGAACAAAGGAAACGAUGAAUACGGCAAAAAGAAUUUCAGCAACGCUAUUCGCCUCUACACGGAAGGAAUCAAAGUGAACUGCAAGGAUAAAGAACUGAACGCCAAAUUGUACAGCAACAGAGCCAUAGCAUAUUUUUACUUGGGGAAUUAUUAUGAUUCACUGAGCGAUGCGAAAGCUGCCACUGAAUUACAGCCAAAUUUCCUCAAGGCUUUUAUAAGAGGAGCAAGUGCUUGUGUUCAGCUGAAUCAGUUUGAAGAAGCCAUCGCGUGGUGUGAUAAGGGACUGGCAAUAUCUAACACUAACAGACAGCUUUUGGAUUUACGCGCCACAUCUGUUAAAGAACAAACCAACUCACAAAAUACAGAUGGUGUCAAAGAACAGGAGACACCCCGACCACAAACUGGAAACGACUCGAGCCUAGAAAAUCCCAUAAAAGCCAAAGAAUACUACAGUCGACGUCUUCAAAUUGCCCAAGACGAACAAGACACUGGUGGAAUAGGACAAGCGUAUGGCAAUCUUGGCAAUGUGUAUGAUUCUCUGGGAGAUCACAAAACGGCCAUAGAAUACCACAAACUGUCUAUUCUUUGCGCAAGAGAGGUGAGGGAUAGGGCCUCCGAAGCAGGUUCCUAUGGAAAUAUUGGUAUUAGUUUUGAACGCCUCGGCGACUGUAGAAAAGCUGUGCAGUAUUACAACCUACAUCUUAGCAUUGCUAAAGAAAUAGGAGACAAGAAAGGCGAAGCGUGCGCUUAUGGGAAUCUCGGAAAUGCUUUUCAAAGGCUUGGUGAUUUAAAGAAGGCCAUAGAAUAUCACGAGUUGUCUCUUAGUGUUUGUAAAGACAUAGGAGACAAGAAGAAAGAAGAACGAGCGUACGGCAACCUCGCGAUCGUUUUUACAAGUCUUGGUGAUUGUAGCAAAGCCAUAGACUACUGCAACCGACAUCUUGCUAUUGCCAAAGAGAUUGGAGAUAGGAUUGGGGAAGGUUACACGUACGCCAAUCUUGGAAUGGCCUUCUUCAGUCGUGGGGAUUUCCAACAGGCCGUACACUACCACACCCUAUGUCUUCAAGUGGUCAAAGAAGUGGGAGACAAGACAGGAGAACGACGUGCGUAUAAUAAUCUAUGCAAUGCUUACUUCCGUUUAGGUGAUUUCACAAACGCCAUGCAUUACAAUAAGCUACGCCUUGAAAUGGACAGGGGCGUAGGAGGCACUUGAAGACUGGGAACCAUGUCACAUGAUAGCCGCAAAGGAGUACGUCACGGUUCGCAUAACUUGCAAAGUUUGGCCUAAAUUUUACAAAUUCGUCGUUUGUAUUCCGUGUAAAUCUUCUCCAUCCUUAACCAUCCUUGUUCC